GGUGUGUCACAAGGACAAACCGAGACGUGUCCAGACUCUGCUUGUAUUUGGUGGCCCAUUCAUAAAAUUAGGGAGGUGACGACUGAGCCGAUAUAACUUAAGAAGGUUUGCAAAUUGAGAUUUUCGUGGGUGUCGGGAAUUUUUAUCGCAGUAUCAUCUGUGGGCCUAUUUAGGAUGAAAACCGAACCGGAGUAGUGCGUAUUUUUGUAUCAAAAGUGGUUAGAGCAUCGUUGGUGGCACACUAAAUUUUUUUUGGCAUGCACUUAAAUUUAACUCAUGAGCGACUUUAAGCACCGCUUCCUUAACAGAAUUUCGCCUCAAGUCCGGUAAAUUUUAUCUCGGGGUUUAUAAUUGCGGUCGUAGUGAACAUUGUGCUUAUCUCGGUCUGUCGUAUAUUCAUAUAUAAGCUGAGUUUCUUAUUUUGGUUACCUCCUAAGUGAAUCAAUUGACUUUCGCAAUCAAAAUGUUUUCCAUGUGCUCGAAGCCCAGACCAAGAACACCUCCUCAUAUUGUCCAGCACUCCCAGCUCGGUCCAGUUGGGAAACAAAUUAAAGGAGGAUAUCUGCUACGAUAUAAAAAGCACCUCCUAUGGAACCGUUGGUCGGAAGAGUGGGUGGUUCUUUACGAUGACUCGACAAUGGCCUGGUUUACGGAACGAGGGCGUUCGUCACCGGCUGGAAAAAUUCUCGUCAAAGAAGCGCCUGAGAUGCUAGCAAUUGCACAUUGGACUGGACAAAUACCAAAAAGGCCUCCACUUCCAGAUGGUUGCAAAGUUACUCAACUGAUAGCAUUGGGAUCAAGAAGGAAAAGGUCAAAAGUCUAUUGGAUGCUGGCGAAAUCGGAGCAAGAAGUCAGUGAGUGGAUCAAUGCCAUAACGAAAACGCUGCCGCCGCCACCACAAAUCGAACUGGUAGUGGAUAAACCGCAUCUUAUGAACGUCCUACGUAGACCUUUGGUACGAAUAAGACCUGCCACAACAGGAGAGGUAAAAGCAAGAAAGUCACAUUCAACACAAAACUGCCUCGUGCAAAAUCCUCUAGUUAAAAGCGAUGCUGCCGUUGCAAUACUUAGCAAAAAAAUAGACUCAAAAGGAUCAUUGGCUUGCGCCCUACCUUGGGGUCAUGGUUGGGGUUGGGCAACACUUCCUAACGGUGUGUGGAGUGGAGGUCUUACAUGGUCACAAUGCGAGGAUACAUUUACGUUACAUGCGCUGCCCACAACACACUGCACAAAUCUACUGGGGGCUUCCAGUGCAGCCAUUUACCAUGCAGACAUCGGAGGAUUCGACUUCCAUACCGGCGUGGAAGACCUUGGCGGCGAGGAUUUCGACUACGCUAUGGACUGUGGCGAUUUUAUAUUUUAAAUGAAGCAAAGUAUCUAAUUUCACGAACGGCGUUCUAAUCGAAAAAGGAAACUCAACGAUAGUAAAAUUGAAGUUAAUUCCUGCCAGUCGUGUGAUACGUGACUGCGUUUGGGACCCACAUUCGAAAGAAAAUCGCAAAAGUAAAUAACCAUUAAAAAAAUAGAAAAGAUUGUUGCACGUGCCAACAGAGAAGGGUGAAUCGACAAGACUAUAGGCUACACGAAAAAGGAUCUAUAUAUUUUGCAAUAUUUUCCUUUUCAUAAAAGAGGAAAAAUUUCAGAACGUCCCAUCGGAAGGAGCAAAUUUUAUAAGAAAAAUCUCGUUUUGUUAAGUUAACGACGCUGAAUCCAUCGAUUUUUCAUUGUUUCCUAUUGAGUGCGUCUCGUCGGAAGCGACGACGAAGAUAAGGGAAAACUUCAUCAUUGAGAAUCAACUGAACUAACAAAUCGUCUUCUUAUCCCUCCUAGAACAUGAACAUGAAACUCAUCCCCUUUCCCGUUUUUGGGCAAAAGGGACGCGGACAAUGACGUGAGUAGUAGAAUGGAUUUUUGUGUAAUUUUUGUAUAAGACUUUAAAAUGUGCUGCCCAAAAUUAAGAUAAACAACUAACUACAACGUAAGCUCCACAUGAAGUGGAAACAUUGAGCAAGGUGAACAGGACUACCGACGCAGGAUAAUCAGGAUUGAGUUAAGCUGGGUGAUCAUUUGUUCCCAAAGCCUGUGUAAGCUAAGAAAACCGCAUUGGGAUUUCACUCGAUAAUAGCAAUCUAGGGAAUGAAUGAUUCCCAGCUUAGCUAAGAAUUCAAUUUGCAUUACUUUAAUGAUAUGUAUGUAUGUAUAUGUAACUGAAACCGUUAUUAUAAAUUUAGUCUUUAUAAUAGUUGUAAUUUUAGUGAUUUCGAAUGGAGUAUUCUUACCGAAUUCGUAGAGCAUUUGAUAAAUAGAUUUUCUAAAAACUCAACGUAAGGAGCAGCAUUAUAACCGAAACCUCUUUCAUAUUUGUAAAAAAGUAACCAACAUUUUUAUAUGCAUUUUUUUUGGACGAACAACCGUAUUAAUUAUUAGAUACUGCAUACAGAAAAAAAGAUACAUAGCAAGUCAGCCUUCGAAAAUCGUGAAAACAAAGAGUUCGAAUUACGCCUAGUGUGCUACCGUAAUCAUUACUGCAAACCAAUCGUUAAAUUGUGCCUGAAAAAUCGAAACGGAAAACUGAAAAGAAAAGAUUAAUUACAAGGAACAGGAAUGAAAAGAUACAAUCAUUUCAUAAACUAUGAUUUGUGAUUUUGCUGCUCAAAUAUAAUAAUAUUUGGUUACCUCCCGGAAAUGUCGAAAAUCGCUGUUAAACUUAGCAAUCAUAUCAACACUACAACGCUCCGUUAUUAGGGACAACGUAACAAGGAACACAUACGUAUGUAUGCACUGUAGUCGUGUUUAGUUUCAAACUUAAUUAGGAAUACUUUAUAUGAGAAUGUAGAUGCGUUUUUCCUACUCUUUGGUAAUUAUUUGGAUGAUUUAUAUAUACAGACGUUUGGAGGCAAAUUUAUCUGAAAGGAAUAAGUUUCGGGAUCAAACGCAAUUAUUUUUAAUGACGGGCUCGGCAUUGAUAUAAAAGAAAACUAUUAUUUACUCCUAAUUAGUUCCAGAAAAGCCAAUAAAUCCGAUUGCAAGGAUGUUCAAUCGACUAUCUCCGCCCUCUAUGGAUAUAUCCGAAAUUUGAGUCUUAUUUUCAUCACUACCAAACAAAUUUUCUCA